AUGCGUACCGUCCGUCACGGCAUCGGGUGGGCACCAGCAAAUAUUUUACUGUUAUCAGUUGCAAACCAACUGGAUUGCCAGCACACACUGUGGGACAUUGUGUUCUUUGCAAUAAGGUCACACUACUUUUGCACAAUUAUUGCGUUGUUCUUUUCAUAUUAUUUGAUAUCAUAUUGUCAUUACUUGUCAGAAUCAACUUCCACCCAGGACGACACGACAACAACUACUACUACACUCUCCACCAAUGCCGCUGACUUUGAAUCAACUUCCACCCAAGACGACACGACAACAACAACUGAUUCUACUACUACACUCUCUACCACUGCCGCCAACUCUGAAUUAACUUCCACCCAACAUGCCCAAGACGACACGACAACAACAACGGAUUCUACUACUACACUCUCUACGACUGCCGCUAACUCUGAAUUAACUUCCACCCAACAUGCCCAAGACGACACGACAACAACAACGGAUUCUACUACUACACUCUCUACGACUGCCGCCAACUCUGAAUCAACUUCCACCCAGGACGACACGACAACAACUACUACUACACUCUCUACCAAUGCUGCUGACUCUGAAUCAACUUCCACCCAGGACGACACGACAACAACUACUACUACACUCUCUACCAAUGCCGCUGACUCUGCUCCAGGAUGGAAGUGUACAUCUUCGAAAUGUUAUAGACUGUAUGAUGAGCAGGAACGAGUCUGGGCAGAUGCUAAGGCAUUCUGUUCUGAAAUAGACCCGGUUAACACUCCGUAUGGAUACAGAUCGCCAUCUCUACUCUUUCUUAACACUGAAAAGGAGGCUAAUGAUCUUCUGGCCCUUCAGCUCGGCUUGACUGAUGAGAUGUGGGUGUGGGUCAACUGUGACGACCAAUCAACAGAGGGAGAAUUCGUCUGUGAUGUCGAUGGUAAUGGAACUCCAUCAAGCUCAUUUUGGUGGGACCAAGGAGAGCCCAACAAUUACGGAGGACAGGACUGUGUAGCAUUCAACCGCCAGUGGUCUGAACUUCUCAAAUGGAACGACAUAUCAUGCUCAUUGACAAGACACACAAUUUGUCAGUUUAUAGUCGGACAACCAGAACAGUAAGGACAACCUUGGCACAGACAAUAUCAUGAAGCUUAGCAAAUGAUGGCGGGUCUGAUUUCUACGAUUGAUUGCAUUGAUUAUUGUGUACGCUCAAUCGUUAAAAACAAAUGAAAAUGAAAACCAGCAAACAACGACAACAACGAACAUGCAGCACAACAGCAGCGAUCAAUCGCUAAAGCUUUACGAUGAUUAUGAUGAUGUGGCCCAGUCCACAGAGUCAUUACAUGGGGCCGUUUCCUGGAGGUUAUCAACAUUUUGGACAUGGUUAAAGAUUUCUUUAUGUGGACAAUUAUUGAAGUUCAGAGUCAAUGACCCAUGCUUUAAUCAGCCAAGCAAUCGUAUAGAUUUUAGUAGUAUGAAUUUAUCAAAUUUUCACAAGUAAAUAUUCAAUUUGUGUGUGUGUAUGCGUGCGCCUGUAAAUAUGACACCCGGUCAGAAUAUACUCCCUUUAAAUGAGAAAUGUAUUUAAUGUAAAGAGAAAAACGUUAACAUAUCAGUGAUUAAAGCUAUCUGUGAAAACUGAAAGAGUAGAAAUUACACGCAUGGAAGUGGUAAUGUGGUUCAUGCCAGAACUUCAAUUUCUGAUCUCAUACAUAAUCGCUAACCUCAAAUUUGGCCAAGAAGCCUAGGUCGUGAACUUUGGGUAUAAACUCUAUGUUUUAGAAAAAAAACAUUGUUAGUGUUGCAUGGAUCGAGGUGCAAUAGGCAUACGCCAUGUAUAGAAUAACGGGUUAUAUUUUACACUUUAAAAAGGGGUUUGCUCAAUAUUGGGUUACAAGGGUAUUGUUUGGAUAAAAUUACACGAGAUGUCAUGCAAUUUUGUUUGAAAAUUACAAAUGCACUCCUUCAUUUAAGGGGCUUUCACAAUAAUGAUCGUGUGAUCGUUUGCAAUGAUUUUUUUGUCAAAAUAUACAUGAUAUAAUUAUGUUGCACAAAAUUGUAACGGUCGUAAGCAGUCUCACCAUAUUUAUUGUGAAAGGGGCUUUUAACAGACUAUUCACAACACCUCUAGCCGCUCCUAAUAUCCUGUUUAUAUCACCAUUCCAUAAAUGUAUGUUUCCUAUCAUGCUUGUGGAUUGUUAUGAAUGGGUAGAUAUUUUAUAAAGUGUUUAGUGAAGCAAAAGUGAAACAGUUUGUCGGAUGUUAGGCCUACAUGUAGUGUAUUUAGCAGUGAGAGAAAACGAUACAAAAAAUGUCUCAGCAAAUUGCAAUCUGUGUGCUAUAGUACAC